UAUGUCUAUUUAACUGUCCUUAAAAACAUUUACAGUUUAAAUGUCAGUGGUAAACAGUCUAAUCAUCGUGAUGAUACAUGCUCAUAUGCAAGUGAUGUUAUAAUUAGUUUUUAACAGUAAUUGUUAGUAAAUACAACUCGAAGCGUAAUCAUUUUUUGAGAAAAUAAGGACAAUGCAAAGCCCAAAAAGAAGUUAAAUUAAUUCAGAAAGGGAAACGAAAAUGAGACAAAUGACUCCUUUUUUUAUGAAACUCACAGUUCAGUCAUAAAUGAAAAAACAUCACAGUUUCAUCCACGGACUUCAUGAAUCAGUUCAUUCAGGAUGCUUUAAACACAUAGCCCAAACACUGGUACAUCCAACGAAUGAGUUCAUAUCCGGCUUUCUGUCGCCGCUCGGAAACAGGCGUAUUUUUGGACUGCCGACUGGGAAGAGAAAAAUAAUAUGUGAAUUACAUAGUUCGAAUAUAGCUUCUGCAUAAAGUUCUGCAAUGCGUUUGGAUAUGUCGUCGAUCUCUAAUUACGAAGGUUGGAAUCAGAAAAGGCAACUUCGUAAUCCAUGGCUUGCUAACGCUUCCUAACUUUUCAAUCCUUUACUAUUGUACAAAAAAACGUUCAUCUGGGGUGGUGUUUUUCUUAGUUAUAUCCGAAUAAAGCAAAAACAUUUGCUACUCGUUGUGUUAAUGUAUUAAAUGCUUGGGUUCGGUCUGUUAUAAAGUACUACCCCAUAUUCAUUUUUGCUGCAAGUGUCAAUCAUGUGUUUUUAAAACUUCUGAUGUAAACACAUUAGCGGGAUCCUGUUCAGAUCAGGUUUCCGACAGGAAAGCUGCUACCCAAGAUAGAUACACAGAGUGUAAUUGACCUGGAAGAACAAGCAUUCAUUCAAGUAAAAACUGAUACGUCGACCGGCAAACAGAGAUCCUCAGGAUUCGGAUACUGGUACAUUGGCAUGCCACUUGGAAACUAUAAAAGGUAGCUCUUGCGCUGUUAUAGAAAAGCAACAAAUACAGUAAAUCAAACAUUGCUUCACUCGUAACUACUUUUUCGAAAUGUCUACUAAUAAGAUUACUUUCCUCACCAACUGGGAAGCAACUCCAUAUCACUUGCCCAUUUUUAUCGCUCAGACCCGUGGAUAUUUCAAAGAUGAAGGCAUUGAAGUCGCCAUUUUGGAACCCACUGACCCCUCAGAUGUUACUGCUUUAAUCGGCUCUGGCAAGGUGGACAUGGGCCUCAAAGCCAUGAUUCACACAUUGGCUGCGAAGGCUCGUGGGUUUCCCGUAACAAGUUUUGGUUCCUUACUUAAUGAACCCUUUACCGGUUUGAUCACCUUAAAGGGUAACGGCAUUAAAGACUUUAAGGACAUUAAAAACAAGCGGAUUGGUUAUGUCGGCGAGUUUGGGAAAAUCCAGUUAGAUGAUCUCUGUAGUAAAUUUGGACUUUCUCCCUCGGACUAUACAGCUGUUCGGUGCGGAAUGAACAUUGCUCCCGCCAUCGUUAGCGGUGAAAUUGAUGGUGGUAUUGGCAUUGAAUGCAUGCAACAAGUUCAACUUGAGAGAUGGUGUAUUUCUCAAGGACGUCCUCGUUCUGAUGUUGAAAUGCUUCGUAUUGACCGACUAGCGGAACUAGGUUGCUGUUGCUUCUGUUCCAUCCUCUAUAUUGCCCACGAUGAUUUCAUCGCGAAGAAUCCCGAUAAAAUAGUUUCCUUCUUACGAGCUAUCCGUUCUGCUACUCUAUCCAUGCUUGAGAACCCGAUUCAGGCCUAUAAGGAAUUUACAAGCUUCAAACCUGAAAUGGGCCUCGAGUUGCACCGAGAACAAUUUGAGCGAUGCUUUGCAUAUUUCUCCCGCGAUAUCUCCAAUGUUCCAAGAGACUGGAACAAAGUUACUAAGUAUUCCAAGCGUCUCGGAAUUGUUCCUCAAGACUUUGAACCAAAUUGUACGAAUGGAUAUUUGACAUGGGAGCUUGACCCGGAUGAGAAAGACCCUAUGGGCAAACAAGAAGCUAUUGCUAAAAUCCAAGAUGGCAUCAAGCAGAAUGGUGGAGUAUUCAGUGGAAAUACCCUUCGCUAUGUUGAACCUGCCAAUGUUUAGGCUUGCACAAUCGGAACAUUAUUUCAAUCUUCAUAAUCAGAUGUUUCCAUGUCCUUUUCUCUUAGUUAUAUGUAGAAAUUAAUGUCGUGCCCUAUAGAACUAAAUUUU